CGCUCAUCUGCGCCGAUUUCCAAAUUUCAAUCCCCCACGAGCUCUACUUCAACCGUCCAAACCGUCUAAUCUCCGAAAGACACGUCAAAGUUUUACGUGUCUCAACAAUUUGCCUCCACCCAAUAUCAAUUAUAUGAUAUACCAUUUUGAUAAAGUGGCCCUUUACUAUGUCUGUUACCUCAAGUAGAGCAUAACCUACUGAAUAAUCUAAUACACUUUCUUGUGCACUUCCAUUUAUUAAUCUAAUGUUGCCAUAUAUUUUGCUAACUAUUUUAGUCCUCCAGGGCAUUUAUGCGGGUCCUGAGGAAGAACACGGUGUUAAAUAUGCAAGUAAAUGUGAAGUUUGUAAAGUCCUGGCUCUUGAGCUUGAAUCUAGGCUCAAUGAAACUGGUAAGAGUCACGAUGUCCUGGAACUCGGAUACUCCCUGGAUGAUGUAGCACCGAAGAAGAAAAAGGAGUACAGGAAGUCGGAAUUGAGAUUAGUAGAAUCUCUGGAGAACGUCUGUGAGAGAAUUCUUCAAUACAACGUUCACAAAGAACGCCACGAUAGCACCAGAUUCGCAAAAGGAAUGAGUCAAACAUUCCAGACGCUUCACGGUCUAGUGGACAAAGGAGUCAAAGUGGAUUUGGGAAUACCAUAUGAACUCUGGGACUCGCCUUCCGCGGAAAUUACAGAUAUGAAAACUAAGUGCGAAGAUUUAUUAGAGAAUUAUGAGACUGAUAUUGAAGUCUGGUAUUAUCUCAGUCCUGAGGAGAAACCUUCAUUGGGAACGUACUUAUGUGCGGAGAGAGCGCUGAGCAAUGAGGACGCCUCGUGUUUGAGAGAAAAGGGAGACGUAGGUGCCUUGAAAAUUGAGGGAGACAAGCCAAAGAAGAAGGAACAGAACGAUAAAAUGAAGAAAAAAAAGUCAGAAAAGAAAGCAAAGGCCAAUAAACAAGAACUCUAAUACGAUUCUGCAAUUCACCGAAAAAAUCCAACACAUUAUGGAACUUGAGAGAAACCUAUUCUUGACAAUAAUCGAAGAUUAUUCUUUUUCC